GGAGGUUUUCGCGUAGUGCCACCAGCUCGCCGGAGAUGAAGCUCCUCUGCCUCCCUCCGCCGAGAUCGGCGGUGCGCGGUGGCAAGUGGCUCGCCCUGGCAGCGAGCAUCUACAUCCAGUGCACCUCGGGAUCGUCCUACUGCUUCGGUAUCUACUCCUCUCUUCUCAAGAACUCCCAGGCCUACGAUCAAUUCACGCUCGAUUCCGUCGCCUUCUCCAAGGAUUUUGGCGCAAACGUCGGCGUCCUUUCCGGAAUCCUCUCCUCCUCCUCCCGCGUCGGCGCACCGUGGGUUGUCCUGUUGGCUGGCUCUGUACUCUGCUUCUCUGGUUACUUCCCGAUCUGGCUCGCUGUCACCGGCGCCGUCCCUCGCCCUCCCCUUCUGGUUAUGUGCUUGUCGAUGCUGCUUGCUGCGCAGGCCCAGACCUUCUUUAACACCGCUGAUGUGGUCACCGCCGUCGAGAACUUUCCGGGAAAUCGGGGCACUGUUAUUGGGAUCAUGAAGGGGUUUCUGGGUCUUAGUAGCGCAAUCCUAACCCAGAUAUAUCGCACUCUGUAUAAUGGAAAUGCUGGGGCUUUUGUUCUAAUGCUUGCAUGCCUACCUGCAUUGCUUCCGUUGUUGCUUAUGUAUUUUGUCAAAAUUCAUCAAACAGAUGGAAGAGAUGACAAAAAACAUUUAGAUGCUUUCUCCAUAAUAACUCUGAUCAUUGCUGGUUAUCUGAUGCUGGUUAUUCUGGGAGAAAAUAUUCUAACAUUGGAAACAUCUGUCCGCAUAGUGGCAUUUUUACUGUUGCUCCUCCUGCUGAUGUCACCUUUAAUUGUCGCAAUGAAAGCUCAGCUUCAUGAUUGGAAGACACUAUCUGAAUCAUGCGACGAAAGUAUCCGGCCGUUGAUAGGUGACAUAAAUUAUGCGGUUACAGACCUGAAGUCUGAUGGACUUGUAGAAGAAGAGGCUUCUUCCAGUGUGAUUGGGCGGGAAUCAUCCAGCCAAGACAUGUGCCAAGCUUCAAGAGAAGACUUGAGUGUAUUACAGUCAAUGCUGACAAGUGAAUUCUGGUUACUUUUUCUUGCGGUUGCCUGUGGCUUGGGUUCAGGGUUAGCGACAAUAAACAAUAUAAGCCAAAUAGGAAGUUCACUUGGAUAUUCAAUCAAAGAGAUAAGUAGCUUGGUAUCCUUAUGGAGCAUAUGGAAUUUUCUCGGGCGUUUUGCAAUUGGUUACAUUUCAGAUUACUUCCUUCGUUCACGAGGCUAUGCACGGACAUUGUUCAUGGUCUUAACUCUUGCUGUGAUGAGCAUCGGGCAUGUAAUUAUCUCAUCCGGUCUUCCUGGUACUCUGUAUUUGGGCUCUACAUUUGUUGGUCUGUGCUAUGGUUCUAUAUGGGUGCUAAUGCCAAGCAUCACUUCAGAAAUCUUUGGUCUAAGGGACUUUGGUACCAUUUUCAACACCAUUGCCAUAGCAAGCCCAGUCGGAUCUUACAUCCUCUCUGUUAGAGUUGUUGGAUAUAUAUAUGACAAGGAAUCUUCGUCUUCUGCAAUUCAUGCUUGCAUGGGACGACACUGCUUCAUGUCAUCGUUUCUGAUAAUGGCAUCAACUUCUCUUCUUGGAGUUGCAUCCAGCGUGGCACUGUUUCUCAGAACCAGAAAGUUUUACAGUCAGGUUAUAUAUGCUGCAGUACAGUCUUCUUAAUUUCAUCCCAUGAAUUCAAUGGUGUUCUUUAUCUCUUCAUUCUGUCAAUACGGCGGACAUGUAAGUUGAUAUAUUUUAUCAUCCAUAAUGACUACUAUUUGUUUUGUAAGACGAUGAUUAUCUGUUUAUGGCCUUUGUCAUGCUUGGUAUUC